GUUUUAGAAUGUUGAUUUGGAAAAAGAAUAAAAAAGAUGGACGACAUUGUCUACAGGCAGUGCAGAGGAGAAAGAGUGGAAAAAUCGGCAGGACCCAACACGAUAAGCCCCUAGAUGGAAAUUCUCACAAACAAUGAAAAGGAAACGGGCGGUAUCCCCCUUCCCAGCAUCUUCCUCUCUCUCGCUCUUUCGGCCCGCUCCCCGCGGAAAACUAGCCGAACUAGGCCGGCCGCUUGAUUGAGGGUGGAGAUCCCUCUUCUUCGUGGUGGUGAUUUGACCUGUGAUUUAUUUUCAAUAUCGAGUGCAAGCUGUAGUGGAUGAGGAAGCUGUUAAAGGUUCAAGUUGAGCUUGAGUUAUUAAGCCUCCUCGAAAAUUAGUAGCAGGUGGACUUUAUUUGAGUUGAGUUUCAGCACUUUGAGAACAUAAAAUCAACAAGCAAGUACCAUGUUGGAUCCCUGAACCAGAAGGCACAAUGUUUAUCAUUCCUUUGGAACUAAUCAAUUGUCACAUCAAGGAACCAGUCUCAUUCGUCAUGCCUGGUUUUCUCAACAUGUUCCUUGGAUGAUCAUAGCAUAAGCUUUUCAUUGCUCAUUUGCAAAGGAGUGUGACGAGGGACAAGGACACCGCUACUCCCUUCUUUGCAGUAGCCAUGACCACCACCACUGCCAUAUUUUCAUUUGCCUUAGUAUUUUUAAUAGUGAUUCCCAAGCCUGUUUAUUCGCAACCCACAGACAAUUGUUCCUCUAUUCUUCAAGUUCCAUCACAAGAGAGAUGUAACUUUUCCCUUGCUUACUGCUCCUCAGACUCCCUCUUCAACUACUUCACCCUCCAUUUUUGCAGAUUCCAUCAGUCGCUUGCCGUCUCUGUCCCAGUAUUUGCCCUCAUUAUCCUCUUCCACUUCUACUUCCUUAUCCAGACUGCUAGCCUCCACUUUUCCACCACUGUCACCCGCCUUGCCUCAGUCCUCCGGCUCUCACCCUCCAUGGCAGGUGUCACACUCCUCGCCCUUGGCAAUGGUGCACCUGAUGCCUUUGCUAGUGCUGCUGCCCUCCGUGUGGACCGACCUCGUCUUGGACUCGGUGCUGUCCUCAGUGCUGGGGCGUUUGUUUCUGGGUUUGUCUUUGGCAUAGUGGCUCUAUAUGCUGCCCCCUUUGCAGUUCGACCCUCACAGUUCUUCCGAGAUGGAUUCUUUUACUUAAUUGCUACCUCUGGAAUGUUCUAUAUGUACCUCACUGGCUCAGUUUUCCUGUGGCAAGCCAUUGGACUCAUUGGCUUAUACUUGUUGUUUGUUGCUGUCGUUAUCUGGAUGGAUUUGGCAACAGAUGGAGAGGGGAAGGAUGAGGAGAAAGUAAUAAGUUUGGAUAGUCAUGACCAAAAGCAGCACGUUGAACUCCUUGUUCAUGAUAAGGAAUUUGAUGAGUCUAUGAGCAAUGGAUGUAAAGACUCUAAACAUGAUGUUGGAGGUUUCAUUAGAAAAUCUGAGGACAAAGAAAACCUUGAUUGGGCUUUCAUCAAUCUCAGAAAGGUUUCAAGCGUCUGGGAGGUUCCAGUCUCCACCAUCCUGAAGCUUACAAUUCCUUCAACAGUGCCUGCAGAAUGGAGCAGAUUUUACUCUUCUAUGAACAUAGUUCUUUGCCCAAUUGCACUUCUAUACUCGUUGAGCUCUUUCAUCCCUUUUCACCACCCCAUAGUAUUUCUUGUUCCAAAUGUUCACUUUCCUCUUUGGUUAGUUGUCCUUUUUCAAUGCCUUAUACUUGGUACGUUUUACUAUCUUUUAACUGAUGAACCACCAGACAUAGAUCAAAAGUUAUUGCUUCUAAUGAGUUUCGCAAUGAGUGUGCUUUGGAUAUCAUUAGUGGCUGGGGAGCUCUUAAGUUGUUUGUCAGCAGUGGGCAUAAUUCUAAAUCUACCUCCGGCUCUCUUAGGUUUGACAGUAUUAGCGUGGGGUAAUUCAGUUGGAGACCUUGUGGCUGAUGUUGCAGUGGCAAAAGCUGGCCAGCCAGCCAUGGCAAUUGCGGGAUGUUUUGCAGGACCUAUGUUCAACAUGCUUAUUGGUUUUGGUUCAGCACUGGUUUUUGGGGCGGUGCAAAAAUUUCCUGAGGGUUACAAUUUAAUAUUUAAUUCAAAUAUUAUUGUUGCCUUUGUCUUCCUGUUGUUGAGUCUGAUGGGGUCAUUGCUUGUAGUGGCUUGGUUCAGGUUUAGAGUGCCAAGGUUUUGGGGUUUUUGCCUUGUUGGAGCCUAUGCUUUAUUUAUUAUCAUAAGCUUGUUGCUUGCGGAAAUUUCAGAAUAAUUUUGGGGUUUCCUUUUCUCCUGUUUGUUUCUUUAA